AUGGUAUCGGCUCUGGACAGCGGAGGCAAGCCCGCUCCCAUACUGCAAAACAAGAUUCCCAACGAAGGCUUCAUGAAGGGUGCCAAGCAAGGGCCGCUGAUUCACUAUCGCGGCCCUGGCGAAAGCGCCCUCCAGGGACAUUCCCACGCCUCGACCAAACACGGACUUGGAGCAAGCCCGCUCCCACCCUCGCCCCCAACACGGCCUGUGUUUGAGCCCAAGGUGCUUUCGACCAUACUCGGUGCCGAGGUCAAGCUCGUAAAAGCAAGCGAGAGGACUGGCAGCCAGGCGAUUCCCAAGCGAGCCGAUGCCCAUCCAGCAGAGCCUCCACAGAAUGUAUCCUCUGGAGACCACCCGCACCCCCAUUUCAGCACCCACAAGCGGUCUUUUACAGACCCCGGCACCAUCUUUGGCCCUGCGCUAUCGGCGUCCUACCCACCCUCUUCGACAGGCCGGGACCCCCCAAAGCCGCGUCCUAAAUCACCCGGAGGCGGUUUCACCGUAUACUUUGAUAUGACUGUCCCCGGGCGACGACGAGAAACAUCGAUGCCGCCGAUAGCCUCUGAGCAGCACUUCGGCUCUGGCUCGAAGCUGGCUUCCGUGCGAGAGUACAGCUCCCUCGAGGCCACUGGCGCGUCCUUCCAUAUCGAAGGCAUCCAGGAGCUGGCGAACCAUGGUCGGGACGGCCGUUCAUCGUACGAAGAAUAUGUCGACGGCCACGACUCAGAUCCAUAUUCACUGAUCCGCGGAGACUCGCUCAAGGCCUGGCACGGAACGGGUGAAUCCAAAUCCUACCAUCAUUACAAUGACGAGGCAUUUGAAAGUGCCUCUGCUCGUCUCGAGGCCCUGAUGAAGGAGCGGGAACGUGACGAGUACGACUCGAGCGACUCAUCAGAAGAUGGCAUUGCACCAGACCUGCAACCAAUGAAUCGCCGCGUGUCUAUCCCUCAAAUUAUUACUGACAUUGUCACCAUCAUCACCAUCAUCACCAUCAUCACCAUCAUCACCAUCAUCACCAUCAUCACCAUCAUCACAUCAGGCCGGCUGGCCGUGGUUGCUGAAUCAACAAAAACCCCAUAUAUGAAGAAAAGCACCCCUCUGUUUGAUCCCGUUCUAGUCUAUGAAGCUGUGUUUGGCAAACGAGCAAAGGAGCCAUACUACAAGCUAGCAUCCGACAGAGAUACCACUCUUGUCUUCGAGUCUCGAUUCGAGAGCGGCAAUUUGCAAGAAGCUUCGAGAGUGGGCGAAUACGAGUAUGAUUGUCAGGUCAGGAACGAUUUGAACACCAAAGGUCAUACGCAGUGGUUCUACUUUAGAGUGUCGAACACUCGGGCACGUGUGCCGUACAAGUUCAACAUUACAAAUUUCAUGAAGCCCGACAGUCUUUACAAUCACGGCAUGCUCCCGUUGAUGUUUUCGGAAAAAGACGCAAAGCAACGAGAUUUGGGCUGGCAGCGACUUGGAUCGGACGUCAAGUAUGAUCGUGCAGAGACCCAGGACUCGAACCAGACGCGCCCGCUAUUCACACUUACGUUUACCAUUAUCUUUGGGCAUGACAAUGAUACGUGCUACUUUGCACAUUGCUACCCAUAUACAUACACCGACUUGCAGCGAUACAUCGCUGAACUAAAGUCAGACUCAGCGAGAACAUGCUACUUCCGCCAUCGGGUUGUCGGAAAGACCUUGGGCGGAAACAACAUCGAUCUCAUUACGGUCACAACCAAGAUUGAGCAUCCAGAUGACCUCAAGUCCCGCAAAGGCAUCGUGCUGUCGGCAAGGGUCCAUCCCGGAGAAACCAACUCAAGCUGGAUGAUGAAAGGGUUUAUUGAGUUCAUCUUGGGAGAGUCGGCGGAGGCACGAUUUCUGCGCGACAACUACAUCAUCAAAAUAGUUCCAAUGCUUAACCCAGAUGGUGUGAUCGUUGGUAAUUAUCGAUGCAACUUGAAAGGAUACGACCUGAAUCGACAGUGGAACGCAGAAAUGGAUCGACAGGACGAAGUUCCAGAGAUAUUCGCAAUCAGGGACGUUCUCGAGCAGUCGAUAAAAUCUCGCGAAGUGAUCAUAUACAAGGAACGUGUCUUCCCGUACAUGCUCUCCCAAAACGCCGAACAGCUCUUUGCAUUCAAAAAAUGCCAGUUCAAGAUCCAAAAGACAAAGGAAGGAACCGGUCGGGUCGCAGUAUGGAAGAGCUUUGACAUCCUCAACAGCUUUACGCUUGAGGCCUCGUUCUGCGGGAGUGUCACUCACAGCAAGGGUGGAUUCCACUACACGAUUAUGGACUUGCAAAAAAUGGGCGAGAAUAUCGGCAAGACGCUGAUGGACUACUCGAUAGCAGAAAAAAGCCGAAGGGUCCACGAGACUCUCGUCGACGGACUCACAAACCAAAUGCCCAGCUUCGUUCCCGAUGCCAGCGAGGAGUCCGAAACAACUUCCAACGACGAAAAACUGAGAGUCAAGCGGGUGCGCAAGAAGAAAUUAACCAAGCGCAAGCCAAGUGCCCGGCCAUACAGCUCUCCAAUGGCAUCCGGAUCAGGCCUGUCUUUGAAUGUCGUCCCAUCGUCACCCAGGAACACCGUGACAGCCACCCCGGCCAAACUCAGAUCUGUAACCAAUCCACCGGUGCCAGCCAAGAGUCCGGUUCGAGGCAAGAGCCCCAAUGGAAACGGCGAGAUUAUAAAGAUGAGUCGCUCCACGACCGCCGCGUCAGCUUCGGUCGAACGAGACAAUCGCUUUCGGACAAAAUCUCUGCCUCCGGGCAUCCGGCCGAGUACCGUGCCGACAAAUCCCUCGGGAGCAACGAUCAACUCGUUGGUGAUCGAAUUUCCGACUCAAGCUGACUCGGAUCUGCUGCGGCUGGCAUCGGUUCUGCCCAUGGGUUCCCUCUUUGCGCACAAAUCUGCGGCAGCCGGACAAUCCAAGAAUCGUCCGUCGCCAACAGCUAACCACGGGCGAGAAUGCAACUGCUGUGAAGACGAGGACUUGGUCGUGGUCAACCUAGCAGGCACCAGGAGUGCGUCCAGCAGCUCCACAAGCAGGCCCGGAAGUGCGGCAAAGAAGACAGUCCGAUGGGCCUCGGCCAGAGACGAUGCUGGUCGGACGUGGCGACUGAACAAGUACUGAAUCUCGCUUGCCCUGUCUGACGGCUGGCAGUUUGAUCCAAGCACGAAUGAGAUGGCACGGCGAUGCAGUCGCCUCCUUCGGAUAUCCCAGUACAGUGCUCACAAACGCAAUGGGACGCCCCCGUUUUCUUGUUGACAGCCAGCUUCUCUUGGAUGUGAAUAGAUGCCUGUGACUUGUCCAAG